UUGUUAUGCUGAUUAAGGCAACAGGCACCGUCUUUUGUUCAAGUCAGAGGACGCGAGAGAGAAAGAGAACGAGCACGGAGGGAUGGCCACGCUCCCUGUGACCUAUAGUCUUCUCUUCUUUAACGUCACAAGGUGCGCGCAACAAAAACGAGCCAGCAUCGGCUGAGUUUCUCACAUCGCGACGCGAGCGAGCUGAGGUUGUCAGAACUCUCCCGUCCACAUACGCUGGCACUGGACUUGUGUAUGCAAUUUCUAACUGCCGGGAGUUCAAUGCAUAUUGUGAAAAAGCGAUUCAGCUAACUCUUAAAAUGACUUGAAGGCGGGAUGCGCGAAAAGGGACGCAGAGGCUAUUCAUAGAAGCUGGCCGCCGUCGUCAUGCAACUGAUGGGGGAAACGUAAAAACAGACUCUGAAGAGAACUUAAAACGGACUCUUCACGCAAGACAAGCACAAACACCGGGAAAAGGAGCUGAUCGCUGCCGCAAACAUUCCGCUGGUUUCAGAACUUGGACAGCUCCCUCGUUCAGCCGCCUACACAAUCGACCGUGUGAGGAAGGAUUCAUCGAAACUACGGCACAAACCCGACUCGGUCCACAUCGUGACGCCAUGGCAGGUGCACUUCAGGGAGAGAAGCUGCUUUUUGAGAAGUUCUGGCAGGGCACGUUCAAAGCCGUGGCGAUGCCGAGACCCGAGAGCAUCAUCGUCGCCAGCAUCACCGCGCGGAGAGCCGUGACAAAAUUGGAGACAGUAGUUAGCCUAGCACCUAAAGACGAUGAGGAGAAAGCGAAAACGAAAGAAGCAGUUGCAAAAACCCACGAGAAAAAUGGACACGUGAAACGCAGAGGACGUAAACGCCACAGCCACCGUCGAGCUCGCAGGUCUGUAUCUUCUAAAGCUGUGCCUCAUACACACAUCUUCAUCAAAGAUGUUUCGAGUGUGUCAGUGUUCAGUCUAACUCACAAGAUGACCCUCUCCGUGCUGUUCCUUCUGACAGCUGAAGUGAUGGUGGCCAUUAGGGGUGUAUCUCCCUCCUGCAGUCCAUCACCUGUGAGGAAGAAGAAGAAAAAGAAGAGCUCAAAGAAAAGGAAGCGACAUAGGUCUGCCUCAAGGAAGGGACGACACAGUGGCUCGAGUCCCAGACGUAAAAGAAAGGUGGACAAAAAGCAUAAAAAGAGGGCAAGGAGCCACUCUCAUCGCAGACACCGGCGCCGGAAAGCAGAAAUUAGGAGUUAUUCCUGCAUGGCAAACAGAUAUGAAGAUUGUGAAAAAUCUGGUUUGCAAGACGGUGGCCAUUCAUCAGCUGUCCAUGGAGGCAACGCAUGCAGGUCGGCAAUCAAGCUGACCAGUAAAAUCUCCUCUAAGUGCUGCUGCCACUUUUCUGAAAGCACCAUCUCGCAAUCACGUCCUGGGGUUGAGGGUUUAAACAAAAUGGUGAUCGUCCAGGACUCGAUAUCCAAUAAGGGCAAAGGACAUGCAGAUUACGAUUCGGGAAAUGACACGUCAUCUCCACUGUCAAGUAAAACGGGCAUCACAAAGUCAAAGGUGUCUGGAAACGGAAAGAUCUCAUGCCAGGAUCUGACAUCUCCUGAGAAGCUUAGGCUAGUCGACGGAGACAAUGCCUCAGAUUCAGGCAACUCUCUAACCAGCUAUGACUCUCUGGGUAAACCAGUGCUCAAAGAAAACACCCUUCACAGCUCUGCCUUCAACAAGUUCAAAGGUGAAGAAGCGGGCACGUGCUCUGAUUUGGGGAAGACACAGCCCCUGGGUGUCGUCACUGAUAGGAAUCGGAGUCUGCCAUAUGAUAGAUAUCAGGAUCGAGCGAGGUCCCGCAGCAGAAGCAUAUCAUCCCAAAGCAGAUACUCAGGGCGCUAUUCAAGAAGCCGAUCCCUGUCCUCAGGGAGAAGAUCAUAUUCCCGUUCAUCCAGUUAUUCACUGCAUUCUCGGAGAGACAGUCUGUCUAGUGCGAGCAGUCCCCUCAGUUUAAAUCACUCACAGAGCACACUAGACAGGUUUCGAAAGCGGAAAAGAGACUGCAGUUCCUGCAAGAGUAGAAAGCACAGCAGGAGAAGACCUUGCUCUCCAAUGAGGAAGAGAAGAAGAGAUUCCCCCAGUCACCUGGAAGCCCGUAGAAUUACAAGUGCCAGAAAGAGACCGGUCCCCUACUACCGUCCCAGUCCCUCCGUCAGCAGCCGAUCCUCCAGCCUCUUGUCCUGGCGUCUGUUUACUCUCAGUCGCAGCCGUUCACGGAGUCGCAGUCGCAGCCGUAGCCGCAGUCGCAGUCACACUUACUCGUCAUACAGGAGCUAUAGUCGCAGCUCGUCGUGGAACUCUAUGUACAGCAGACGCAGUCGCAGUCGGAGCAGAAGCUAUGACUCAGUAGUGAGCUACAGCAGAGCCCGUCGCUAAUUUACAGAAGAACCAGAUCCCAGAAUGCUGAGCUACAGCACAAUCCCAGGACCACAUCUCACUGUAACUAGAAGUGAAAUGGAGCGGCGCUGAGAACAUGCUGUGCUUAGAUGUGGAACACCAGGCAGUGACAGGAUCAUCUGUUCAGUGUCAGAUAAGACUGAAGCUUUCCAUAUUGUUGUGUACUAAACUGUGUGCUUUCAUCCAUCCCGUUCAAAGGAAAACUUGUCAAUCAAUCACAAAGCCUGCUGUUGUAGGAAAGACCGGACCGGGAAAUUCAAUCUGUGAGUUCUGCUAUUCCUUGUUUUGCUCAUAGGUGUAAGGAUAUUGUUAGUCGUUUAUCAAAACCGACGUGGUAGAUAAAAGGAAGUGCAGGGUCACUCACCAGACGCUCAUAGCGUGACCGUAAAAACACAUGUAUGAAUCUAUCGUAUUUUUCUAGUGUUUCUCUUUUUUAUAGGAGAUGUCAGAAGCGCUUGAGGAGAAAGAUUUAUUGCUUCCAUAACAGCUGCUUCUGUGUUGCCCACACCUUUGAAAAAUGUGCCAUCCGAAUCGGCCCCAGUGGCGAACGCACACCCCAUCAGCCCAAAUGCCAGCUUUAUUUAUCUUCUGUUGAACUGGAAAACAAUUCAAAUGUCACUGGCUGUGAUGGAGAUGGUCAUGAUGGUGGUGGUGGACAAUCAAAACGCAGCGGAUGUGCUCCACUGGUGGGAACCGUUUUGCGGGUCCAGGCGUUACCAAAUACAUUAACGUACAUAUUAAUCUUGCAGACCUCAAGAGAUAGAAAGAUAUUUUUAUCUGUAGGAUUCGAGGCUGCAUCUGAGUGAACAAAGAAAAGGUAUAUUUUCCCUGUCCUGUUGUUUCUGAGAUUCAAAGCUCUGCUGUAAUUGUGACCCUGCCUGUGAAAACACAACUAAAGUCUGAGAUCCGC